GAGUGAGAGGGGACAAAGGAUCUGCGCGAGGAGAUCGUAUUCAUGUGUUCAUAACGUUGUAUGAUAUAACAUAUUUCACAGAAAUCGUAUGUCACAGAUUAUGUGGGAGACGAAAACAAGUCCGAUGUUAGAAUCCGAAUUAUUUGACGCAUUCUUUGGAAUUUCUAGAUAAAAAAAUAUUUAUUUAAAUAUGUUAUUAUCCUAUAACGUGUGCAGACACAUUUCCCAUGACAAAGUGCAUCUCUUACUGCGUCGUGCAACGUGGCCUCUGCAAAACCUUUGUCCUGCACAUCCAGCGGUGUGAUGCUAUGUAGAGUAGCCUACAGGUCCGUACCUCUCUAGAGCAGAACCCCUCUCUGUCGUACACCGGGGCUGGGUGGACCCUGUGUAGUGCCCCGUACCCCUCUGGAACGCUCCGUACCUCCCUAGAGACGUACCCCUCUGAACCCGUACCCCGAGCGUUCCGUACCUCUCCAGAGCCGUACCCCUCUGUCUCUAUGCGCCGGGCGGGGUAGAGCCGUACCCACUCAGUCUCUGUAUUCACCGGGCGGGGUGGAGCCCAGAACGUGACGCGGCAGCCGCGCUGUUAUGCAACCAUUGACCUACUAACACAUAUUCUACCGGAGAGGACCUGGAGCAAGGCAGCACCGCGCAGCAACACGGAGAGCCGAGGAUCGGAACGGAACCCGGCUAGAAACACGUUGAGCCACGAACGACUACUGAUCUCUGAUCAGAACAGGAGCACUUUGGUCAUUUGGAGAACAGGAAACGCAGAGCGAACCCCAGCCGGUGGAACCAGACGGCUUUUGUCUUUGCGUUUUUGGAGACACGUCCCUUCUGAAGAUCCCUGUGAGCGAGCAGCUCUGACACGGAGAGCAGAGGAAGUGGAAAACCCUGGAAAACAAGCGCUGGCCUACAUUCAGAGGGAGGCCCCCCCGAAGAAGACCUCUUGGCCUCGACAUUCAACACCCCGGCGGCGAUUAGGAAAGACUCCGACAAACCUGUAAUCACUCGUACUUAGGCUUGACGAAUCACUCUGAGGCGAAGAACUUUUGAGGGCUCUACCUCUCAGUUCCUCUUCUAGUCCUGGACACGAUUCCAAUGUGCGAGAUCUUUGUGGAGAUCCGUCUGUUUCUGAUGUUCUUAGAGAAUACCGACACCUGAAGAUUCACAAUCGGUUGUGGACAAAAUAAACUAAAUGAGGUUCUCUCACCGCGGCGCCCAAAUACCUCACCCCGAGUUCUUUGCAGAUCCUGCAACUUAGAAGAAGUCGAGUCCCGGCGGGAAAACAAACAGUUAGCGUACCCAUCCCCACUCGCUCCCUUCUCCCCCCCCCCCCCCCCCCCCCCCUCCCCUGGCACCAGAGCUCCUCUCGUCCUCCACCAUGGAGAGCCUCGGCCUGCUCAACCUGCCGUCCAGCGGCAGCGCCAACAACAACCCGGACGCCGACGACACCUUCUCCAACUACAGCGACAGCCUGCCCUCCCCGCCGCCCGGGGGCGGCUCGCGCUCCGGCCGCCAGAGCAAGAGCUCCAAGACCAGCCUCGCCUCCCGGCGCAAGCGGGAGUUCAUCUCCGACGAGAAGAAGGACGCUUCUUACUGGGAGAAGCGCCGCAAGAACAACGAGGCGGCCAAGCGCUCCCGCGAGAAGCGCCGGCUGAACGACAUGGUGCUGGAGAACCGCGUGAUGGCGCUGAACGAGGAGAACGUGCGGCUGAAGACGGAGCUGCUGCAGCUCAAGCUGCGCUUCGGCCUCAUCAGCACGGCCGCCUACAUGGAGAAGAGCCAGCAGGUGUCCGCCACGGCCGCCGCCGUGGCCGCCGCCGCCGUCGGGGCGGGCUCCGGGGGGCUGGCCCCGGGGGGGGGGUCCUACCUGCCCAGCAGCGGCUACUCCAGCGCGUCCCAGGUGAUGCUGAACUCGGACUCCUCGGAGACGGAGCAGUCGGGCCGCGGCGAGCGCCACGCCCAGCUCCCCAAGUACUCCCCGCGCGGCUCCCUGUCCGACAUGUCGGACGGCUCGUCCCGGGACAGCCCCGAGCCCAUGGGCUACGACAUCAAGAGGGAGCCCCUGGCCAUGGAGGGGCCCCUGGAGUACCCCAGCGAGAUGCCCGGCGAGGUGUACCACGGCGGGCACGGCGCCCAGACGGCGGCCCCCCACCCACAGGACGCCCAGGAGGACUACUCCAUGGACUACCACCACCAGCACCAGCACCACCUCCACCAGCACCACCACCCCCAACCACAGGAGCCCCAGCCCCACCCCGAGGCCCCCAGCCCGGCCCCCCAGGCCCACCCGGCCCAGAGGAGCGUGAUCCUGUACCGGUCCAGCAGCGGGUCCUACCCCGUGGACGGCCUGAGGCCGGAGCAGCAGCCCCUCCCCGCCCGCCCCCCCGCGCCCUUCAGGGCCUCCGGGGAGAGCAUCAGCGAGGUGGCGGAGCGGCUGGAGCGGACCAAGACCGCCGACUCGCCGCGCUACGAGGACGAGGACGACGACGACGCCGAGUACAUGGAGCAGCAGCAGCAGCAGCAGAGCUACCCGUCCGCGGUGGGACAGCUCCAGCACGGUGAGGAGCGGUACGGCGGCCGGGGCCCGGAGCACGGCCACGCCCUCGCCGAGGCCCCCCUGGACUCCUUCGCCCCGGCCCUGCUCCACAACAGCGAGGAGGGGAAGGCCGCCUUCCGCCAGCACAGCGUGUACCACCAGGGCUCCCUGGACGAGGAGCCCCCCGUGCUCACCUACGAGGGCGGGCCCCGGAGGGAGGGCUUCCAGGGGUACCAGGAGAGCUCCUCGGCCAAGGACACCUCGUCCAGCGACGGGGACCCCCGCAGCUCCGACAAGGAGGGCUCCACGGACGACGAGUCCCCCCCCCCCUCCUCCUCCUCCUCCUCCUCCUCCUCCUCCUCCUCUUCCUCUGACCUGGCCGGUGUCCACCAGAAGGCCGGAGGGGACGCCGCCGGUCAGUCCGGCGAGGGCCAGGCGGAGAAGGGCACCGCCCUGCCGCACAAGCUCCGCCUCAAGUACCGAGCGCUGUCCAACGCGGCGGCCGCCAGGACCCCGGUGGACGGGGUCCCCAUCGGCUCCUGCACCCUGGCCUCGCCCGCCCCCACCCUGCCCCAGCACCCGUACCUCGCCCUGCCCAGCAGCCAGCAGGGGGCGGCGGCCGGCGGGGAGACGGACGGCGAGAUGCAGACCGGCGGCGAGCUGGGGGAGCUGAAGACGACGGGGCCGAGCGGCGGGAAGAAGAGCAAGAGCCGGCGGGAGUAGGGGCCGCGCCGAGGGUCGCAGCUCUGAACACGGACUUAAUCAGAGUCGUAGCCACUGCGUUUUCCCAUGAUGCACCACACUCGUGUCCUCAAGCACCACCACUACAGCUGCAGCCGCUCCUCUGGGGAGGGAGGGGCACGUGCUCUUCUCAGCCAAUAAGACACGCCGGACCGACGCCAGAGAUCUCCGCGGAGAACAAUGGAGGUGAUUCAGCAGACUCUGGUUUCAAUGAGUCACAUGCUCCCUCACUCACUCACUUUUUCCUACCUCUUCUCAUCUCUUCAUUCUUCUCCAUUCAUGGUUACACUGAACGUUCAAAAAACAAAACCAUGCAUCAGACACAGCUGUCCUGGAAAACUACACACAGACACGCACACACUCACUCACACUCUCACACACACACACACGGAGAGACAAGAUGUUGAAUCUGUUGGGGGCUCAGGUGUAACUGAUUAGACUCUGAAGAACCAGUAUGUCUCCCAUGGCACUAUGGGAACUUCCCAUGAACCAAAGAAGUCUCUCCUACACACCUCCUUGUUUACCCAUCUUCCCAUUUCAGUCUUCGAUGUCAUUUCUGCUGCACAGAUAACCUCUUAAAUUCUCAAGCACUUGGAUUGUAUAUUACUGUGAGAUACGCAUUUGCAUAUAUUGAUUCUAUUUUAAGAAGAAAAAAAAGAAAAAAUCGGAGAUGAAAAAAAAAAGCCAAGCUGUUGGAUGUCGUAGACUCAGAAAUAAAAAAAAGAUCGGUUUGAUAUCGUAAACGAGUCAGUUGUACAGUUGAACUUUCGUUUUUUUUUUUUUUUUUAAACAUGCCUCAAAGGUUUUCUGUAUGAGACGAAGCUUUUAAAAUAAAACAUGAGAAAAUAUAAAAACCAGCACCACCACUUCUCCAUAUCACCGGUCCUGCUGCGGUCGGACAGCCAGCCUGACGGAUGCACUUCCCGGUCCCACUUCAGAGCUCCGCUCCGGGUCUCUCGGUAGCAUUGACGGGCCGGAGCCGCGCUCUGGGCCGGGGCGAUACCCCACGCCUAGACCCCGCGGUGUUCACAACAUGGUGACAUGGCAGGGACCAGCGCUAUGACUGCAUCCCUAUUUAGCAAACUAAUUUACAUAUCAGUCGCGACGGUGCGGUCAAACACUAUUCGUUUAGUACGCCUGACAAGCACAAACGGUUCCAGACAAUCCCCAACCCGCCCCCCCGGUAGACAACAGUGAACACUUUUUUUUAAUUCUUCGGAAUAGUUGAAACACACUAUAAUUGCAAAAGCUGCUCUUUCUUUCUCUUAUGACGUGCCUCUUUUCGAUCUGUUGUCCCCUGUACAGGAGAAUCGGCCAGCGGGCCACAUGUGCACUGAGUUUAAACUACAGUAUAUGCAGUCGAGAAUACAGUUACUUUGUUAUUAUUGGAUGACUUCCUGGUGCCUGCCUCUGGCUCUCAAUGUAUAAAUGUAAAGAUUUCCAGCCCUUCUGUUAUUUUAUUAUACUAUUGUUUUGUAUUUUUAUUUACCUGGUUGUGUUCUCGUGUGUUUUUCUGUCACUGUGGUGUCACGGCCCCGAUGCUCUUCGUUGUAAAUUGUCCCUUCAGACCACCGAGUCUGUUUACUAUCUGUACUCUGUGCUGUUAUCGUAGGCCUAUUCCGUGUUUUUUGCCAAAUGUCUUCAUGAAAAAUGGAAAACAUUGAAAAAUGUUUCUUUACCCAUAAGUGGUCAUGAUUCACGAUUCUUCAUAUGUGGAUAUGGACGAUGGUUAAGAUGAUGAGCAUUCAUUUUUGAUUGUGGAAAAAUAAAAUAAAAUUUGUGAUGCGUUUUCUUGAA